AUGCAGGCCUUAAAUCCACUCCCCUUCGACACGACUCUUGUUUCCAUGGAUGUUACCUCCCUCUACACUAAUAUUCCACAUGCCGAUGGCAUCGAUGCAUGCAAAGAAGUUUGGAAUUCCAGACCAGUGAAAUAUCCACCUACUGAAUGCCUGGUCAAAAUGCUCACGCUGGUACUUAAGAAAAACAACUUCACUUUUGAUGGAGAUCAUUAUUUGCAAGUAAAUGGAACUGCCAUGGGCACCAAAAUGGCUCCGUCAUAUGCCAACAUAUUUAUGGGCAAAUUAGAGAAACAACUCCUUGAAACUUCCAUCGAAAAACCGCUUUCCUGGUUUAGAUUUAUAGAUGAUGUGGAUAUGAAAUGGAAUAAAAGCGACGAGGAUUUAGACACUUUUAUCACUCAUGCCAACAACAUACAUCCAAGUAUCAAAUUUACUCAUGAGAAGUCUAAAUCCAAAAUCGCCUUCCUCGAUACUUCAAGUUCGCUCACAGAGGGGAUCAUAUCUAAAGAUUUAUAUUCUAAGCCUACUGACACUCAUCAAUAUUUGUCCCCUAAAAGUUGCCAUCCUGCUCAUCUUACCAAGAGCAUUCCAUACAGUCAGGCACUUAGAGUCAAGCGAAUAUGCUCCAACACAGAAACAACUAAAAGACAACUGCGUAAACUUGAAACUCGCUUGAAGAAAAGGGGCUACAAACACAGAAAUAUCAAAAAAAGCUUUCAGAAAGCGGAGUCAAUUCCGAGGAGUGAACUAUUGGAAUACAAAAUUAAAAAGAAAAACAAAAGGAAUCCAUGUGUUCUUACUUAUCACCCAUCUUCGUGA